AUGUCUAGGAGGUCAAGUCAGGGCUACAUCGAUCAGCGGAAUCAGGAUGCUGCUCCUUACGCGGAUGUUCAAGUGACCCACCAAUUUGAUGAUGCCCGGUCGGACGCGAGCGGGUCUAGUAUCGAGGAAGAGUCGGAAGAAGGACUACCGUUCGAUGACCUAUCCGAUGAGCAGUCCGAACAAGAUAUAGGAUUAGACAAUGAAGUUGAUUUGGAAGGAGACGAAGCGGGUGAUUGGGACGUCGAUGAUGAGGAUUGGGAAUUGGCAAAUGGAGAUUUCACCAAACAGUAUAACCGAGUGAGGCAGCAACACGCUGCAACUACGGGGAAUGCUCCUCUACCUGCUCGUAACGCUCCUUCUCAGCCGUCAUCAUCUAAGACCGCCAAGAGCAAUCCGCUCGCUGGAGUUGGAGUCGCCAUGAAUCCGAAAAUCGCCCAUGAGAAACAGGAGAAAGAUAAGAGCGAUCGUGCUACUCAGGAUCAAGUCCUGGAUGCUAGAACGCGAUUGGUUUUGGCCGGGCUUGUCAAUCGUAAUAUAAUAGGAAAGAUCGAACGAUGUGUGAGCACCGGAAAAGAGGCAAAUGUAUAUUAUGCUCUGCCUGGAGUCGCUGUGAAGAUCUACAGAACAUCAAUUCUCAUCUUCAAAUCGAGAUCGAAUUAUAUUAUCGGAGAGCAACGUUUCAAGGGAGAAUAUACCUCGUCGAAGAAUCCAAGAAAGAUGGUUAGGGUAUGGGCUGAAAAGGAGUUACGAAAUUUACGACGGUUGGUUCAAGGUGGUAUACGUGCACCGAAAGUUUUCGACUGCAAGGAGAACGUAUUGGUAAUGGAGUUUUUGGGUGACGGAGAUAAUGCGUCUCCUCGUUUGAAAGAUGCGGAGAUCGAAGCGGAUCGUUUAGACUUUUUAUAUGCCGAGCUUGUCAUAGCUGUCAGGCGGAUGUACCAGCAUUGUCACCUAGUACAUGCAGAUUUGAGCGAGUACAAUAUAUUACUGCAUGAAGGACAUUUGUGGAUUAUCGAUGUAUCCCAAUCAGUUGAGCAUGAUCAUCCUAAAGCUUUCGACUUCCUCCGAGCCGAUCUGCAAAAUGUGGAGGAAUUCUUUGGACGUCGUGGAGUCAAGUGUCUAGGGCUUCGACGAGCAUGGGAAUUUACAGUCACUGAGAAUAUCGGGCUCAGCCACGAGGAAGAAUUGAGUCCCGAUGGGGAUAAUAAGCUUGCCGCUAUCAUCACCGAGUGGCUGAGCCAGCCAUCAAACAAGACUGAUGAUGCCGUCUUCUUGUCAUCUUAUAUUCCCAGAACUUUAGCAGAAGUGUACGAUCCUGAACGGGAUGUAGAUUUAUUGAAACGUGGAGGUGGAGACGAUCUGAUCUAUGCUGGAAUUACUGGAUUGAAGCUGGCGGACAAGGCGGAGGAGACGGGGCCGAAAGAAGUCAAGGCAGUACGAUUUGAGGAUGAACAAACAGAGGAGGAGUCGGGAUCAGAAGAUGAAGCACAGGAUGAUCAACCUCACAAACCACGGGGUUUCCGUCAUGAAGACAAAGAUGCUAAAAAGGAGCGUAAGAAGGCUCUCAAAGAGGAAAAUCGAGAGAAACGGAAGAACAAGAUGCCUAAAGCGGAGAAGCAGCGUCUGAUCAAGAAAUCUCAAAAAUGA